UUCGCGCCUGCGCAAAAUUCACAGUCUCGCGUUCACUGACUCGCGCGUGCAGAGCGAGUUCAAUCUCGCGACCAUCAAUUCGCUGCCGGGGAAGAGCGUUUAAGGGACUUAGCUCUUUCAGCACAUUGUUUUCUCUGCUUGAGUUGGAUUCCUGUUGUGGAAUAUGGACUCACAGAAAGUGUCGGAGUUAAAGGCCUUUGUGCAGCUGUGCAAAGAGAAUCCAUCUGUGCUGCAUCUGCCAGAGAUGGGCUUCUUUAAGACCUGGCUGAAGGGAAUGGGAGCAAACGUACCAUUAUCAGCAAAGAAUGACAGCUCAUCAUGCAAGGGAAGCUGUCCAUGUGAUGGGGCUCCCAAAGCAGCUUCAGAAUCCGAAACUACCCCGGCAUCUGAGACUGAAGAGAGUGAAGUGGAAAUUGACAAUGAAGGAGUGAUUGAGCCUGACACAGAUGAUCCUCAGGAGAUGGGUGAUUACGAGAACCUGGAGAUCACAGAUGAGAUGAUGGACCAGGCCAAUGAGAAGAAGGUGGAAGCCAUUGAAGCGUUGGGAGAUGGUGACCUACAGAAAGCUCUAGACAUCUUCACAGAGGCCAUCAAACUCAACCCAAAAUUGGCCAUUUUGUACGCCAAAAGAGCCAGUGUUUAUGUGAAGAUGCAGAAACCCAACGCUGCCAUCAGAGACUGUGACAGAGCCAUCGACAUCAACCCAGACUCAGCCCAGCCUUAUAAAUGGAGGGGGAAGGCGCACAGGUUGCUUGGCCAUUGGGAGGAAGCCGCUCGAGACCUGGCGAUGGCCUGUAAGCUGGAUUAUGAUGACGAGGCCAGUGCCAUGCUGAAAGAAGUCCAACCAAAGGCCAACAAACUCAUUGAGCACCGGCGCAAAUAUGAACGCAAGCGAGAGGAACGGGAGAUCAGAACGCGGCAAGAACGAGUGAAGAAAGCGAGGGAGGAGCAUGACAGAGCACAGAAGGAAGGGGAAGCCAGACAAGAGGCCGGAGGGGCACAUGGAGGAUUCCCAGGAUUCCCAGGAGGUGCUGGUUUCCCAGGUGGAGCUCCUCCGUUUGGAAUGCCUGGACUUAAUGAGCUAUUUAAUGACCCUGAGGUUCUCAUGGCCAUGCAGGACCCAGAGGUGAUGGCAGCGUUCCAGGAUGUGGCGCAGAACCCCGCCAACAUCGCCAAGUACCAGGGCAACCCAAAGAUCAUGGCCCUGAUCAACAAACUCAGCUCCAAGUUUGGCGGCCAACAGCCCUAAAAAGGGCCGAAAGAGUUCAUGUCCAGUUCCAAUACUCUGCUGUAGCUUUUUCUCACUGGGUUUCUUGGCAUAUAUUACAGACAGUACUUAACUUAGAAGCUGUCAAACUAAAGUUACUGAUUUUAGAUAUGUCUGGACUGUUCUGAUGACAGCAGAAGAAACUAUGAAAGAGUAUCGGAACAAGAUCAGAGAGAUGGGGUGCUUUUUGGGGGAGGGGGGGGGGGGUCGGUUGAGUGAAGCAUGAACUGUAAGAAUUGGGUUUAUUCUUGUAACGUUUUGUUGGGGACAAACUAUUUUGUGCGCUUCACUGAGGCUAACACAUUUAGCACUUAUGAUCCUGGUCUCCAGAUCGUCCCGGAUUCUGGAUUUGAGAGACUAUUCUAGCUGACAGUUGCUGCAUGGACAAACUGGAUUUAACAAACGUGUCCAUUCAGCAGCCAAUCAUUCCAGGGAUUUAGUCGUCUUAUCACCUUUAUUCAUUGAGUUUGGUAGAUAGCUUGUUUGCGGUCUUAUGUGGCGGACUGGAGAUCUGGUUUCAUAUCAUUCUUGGGGUCUAGACUAUAUUCAUACAU